CGGCGGCGCGCCGCCGAACAUGGACAGGGCGGUCGCGGUGCCGCUGCCCGUCGCGGGGCGGCUGGAGGGCGAGCGGAUGCAGUGGGAAGGGGAGAUGGAGUUCGUGCUCAAGAACGAGAUCGUGGACGCGGGCGUGCGGAGGGCGUUCAUCCGCAUCCGACAUGUGCCGGAUGUUUCGGCGCGCGCGGGGCUCGCGGGCGCGCUGGAGAAGAAGCUGCAGCAGCUCGAGGUGCUGCGACGGUGUGAGUCGAUGGAGGGGGAGUCGAGUCGACGGGCAGAGUCCUACUCACCUUCACCGACUCCGGAAUUGGAGUAUGAUGCAGAUCCUGUGCCAGUUCGCCCUGCCUUUACAUAUUGGAAUGCGCCAGCUACGUACGCCUGAUAAUGACACAUGAACAAUUUGUGGGUUGUCUGUAUAUCGACUUACUUGGAAUUCAUGUACGAUCAUACUUUACCGGUACCGGUUACCUCUCCUCGAACACCUUCCACUAUUUAAGAACCCCUCACGAUGUUUAUAUACGCUCUUACAUGAGUACUGUGCCCC